CAUCGAAAUGUCAUACUUGUCAAAUCGAAUAAGUUUCUUUUUCCCGUUAAAUUCGUGAACAUGGCUGUCGGGAAGAAUAAAGGCCUGUCGAAAGGCGGCAAAAAAGGUGUUAAAAAGAAGAUCGUAGACCCAUUUACGAGGAAAGAUUGGUACGAUGUGAAAGCCCCGUCGAUGUUUGCCAUGCGACAAGUGGGCAAAACUCUCGUAAACCGCACGCAGGGUACCAAAAUCGCGUCGGAGGGUCUUAAAGGUCGUGUCUUUGAAGUGAGCUUGGCCGAUUUACAGAACGACAACGAUGCCGAACGUUCGUACAGAAAAUUCCGACUUAUCGCGGAAGACGUUCAAGGUAGAUAUGUUUUGACCAACUUCCAUGGGAUGGACUUGACUACUGACAAACUUAGGUCAAUGGUUAAGAAGUGGCAGUCGCUGAUUGAAGCUUGGGCAGACGUCAAAACCUCUGACGGGUAUUUAUUGAGGGUGUUCUGCAUUGGUUUCACCCAAAAAGACCAGUUGUCCCAGAGGAAAACAUGUUAUGCCCAGCAUACCCAGAUCAGGGCGAUCCGUAAAAAGAUGGUGGAUAUAAUCACCAGAAACAUUCAGGGUAGCGACCUCAAAGAGGUUGUGAAUAAAUUGCUUCCCGACAGCAUAGCAAAGGACAUUGAGAAGGCUUGUCAGGGUAUUUACCCCCUUCACGACGUGUACAUUCGUAAAGUAAAGGUGCUGAAAAAGCCGCGUUACGAACUGUCGAAACUUUUAGAACUCCACGGGGACGCUAAGGGUAGCGCCGGAGAAGGAGGGGGUGAAGCAGGUUCAAAGGUGGACAGACCGGAAGGUUACGAACCUCCGGUGCAAGAAUCUGUCUAGAUGUUUUUUUAUUUCUGAGGUUUAAAAAUAAAUAUGACGAAAAA